AUGUCGAUGAUGAUGAAGACCGGUGGGUCAUUAGCGAUAUGUAUGAUUGCUGUUAUCGUAGGCCUACUUCAACGGGCCAGUGCCGAUGACACGACUACCGCCGCAAGGGACCCAUAUCAGACUUGCGGGGACUCAACAACGUGCACGUGUGCACCCGUCAUCAACGUCACCCCACCACAACUGGGUUAUUGCGAUUGUAAGAAUCUCACAAAGUGGUUGUCAACUACUGCAUCUGGACAAUCAGAGACGAAAGAAAAUAUUGCAGAGUUGGCCACAGAUGUUGCCAAUCUAAGAGGAUCUGUUGAUGAGCUGAAGGCUACUAGUCACGACGAAUCAGACUUUGUUAAUUACUACGAUGAGUUAGCACAGGCAACUUGUACAGCCAUGAAUCCGAAUACUGGGUGGACCUAUGCUGUACGCAGGCGAUGUGGUGACCGUGGUAACGGUCGGGCGUGUGAUGCAAUCUGCCAAGAUCCUCAACUGAGAGCACAGGAUUCUCAACUUGCGAGUAGAUCAAUGGCGUGCUUCAAUUCUCUCCAUGUUUACUGGGACCGACCAAAGUUUGCUCAUGGAGAGGCUGGAUAUGAAAAACUGGGGUUGAAAAUCUACAAGUUAAACAAUUGUAUACAACAAGAUUGUGGGCCUAACUAUUGCUGUUGUAGAUCGUAA